AGUCUCACCUGCUGGCUGCUGGGAAGAUCAGUGCACCGUUAGUCAUUACAAGGAGGAGACGUGCGCUCCCCCGCUCCGAGCCCCCUUAGCCAACGUGCCCUUAGUUAAAAACCCCAAAAGUGCCAGAAAUAUUGACCUGACGGCUGUGAUAUCCCUCCACCUGUGAUAAUAUUUCCCGAGGUGCGCGGAGUGGCGGUAGCAGCGGCCAGUAUUAAUAGGAAGUGGGUAUUUCCUACGGGUUAACUAAUAGUGCUUGUAAACAAGGACCCAGACCGAGACUUAAAGCCGGGACCCAGACCGAGACCCACAGACCCUCGAAUGUGGUAAACAAACGCUGGAAAUUUUUAAAAACACUUACUUAUAACGAAAACCAAGCUACUUAACACUACUACAGCUGUUUAUAAGUAAAGAUAAGAGUUUUAAGUACCAGUGUUGGCAAGUGGUAUAAGUGACCCCGUGCCUUCACCAUGCUGCCAUUGACACAAGUGAAGGUGAUGACAGGUGUGGGCGCCACCCUUGUCGUCCUCUGCUCCAUUUUCAUUGGCGUUUUCCCUCUCAUCUUUAAUACCAUUGUUGAUAAGAUGCUGGUUAUAAGGGAGGACUCAGACACCUUUGAAGCAUUUGUCACCCCUCCCAUCCCAAUAUAUAUGCAAUUCUGGUUGUUUAAUGUCACAAACCCAGAGGAGAUCCGGUUUAACGGGGCCAAGCCAGUAUUAGAACAAGUGGGGCCCUACACGUAUGAGGAGGUACGGGUCAAAUACGCCUUUGAUUGGAGUAAGGAAGGAACCGUAUCAUAUCUUCAAAACAAAAGCUAUAUUUUCAGUCCAGAAUUAUCCGGGGAAAGACGAGAGAGUGACCUCAUUACUAGCAUCAAUGUAUUAAUGGUGUCUCUCGCAGCCCAGGCCAGCACGCUACACCCUGUAUUACUACUACUGCUGGAGCUGGCUUUCCUACGCUUCUCUGAAAAGCUUUUUAUAAGGAAACCUGUAGGCGACCUGCUGUUUAAAGGGUAUCCACAACCACUAUUGGCUGAAGUUACGAAGAUUUUUGGAGAUCCUAUGGGGAAUAAUGGACGUUUUGGCAUCUUUUAUCCUCUAGCGAGUCACGUAUUUCAAGGGAGACAAGAUUUAAUAUCUAGCACAAUAUGGACGCAAUUAGAAGCUUCCCUGGACUUAUUUGAGACCCACGAGGCAGGGGACAUAUUAUUCUACGGUUACGACUUGCCGGCAUUCAAUUUUGACUUCUCUGGGCUUGGGAAUUUAGUACCAAAAUUAGAUGAAACAGAAGGCUGGAGCGGUACACUGGCGGACGUAAUGGACCAGAUGGGUUUUCAAGACGUCCCUCAAGUCGUACUGGACAAUAAAUUGGCGCUGCUCCUUGGGGUCAACAACACAGACGACAAGGUAUACGAGGUGAAAACAGGGUCAGAUGGAAUGGGAGACUUCAUGAACAUACAGUCCUGGAACGGAUCCUCAACCCUUCACUACUGGAAAGGUGAAGGUGCCCAGUACUGCAACAUGAUCAACGGAACAGAUGGCUCGCAGUACCCGCCAAGACUCACCAGGGACUCCGUGUUGCGCAUCUAUACGUCGGAGCUCUGCAGAUCACUGUACCUGACGUACGAGAAGGACCUGUACCACCACGGCAUCCCUGUGUACCGUUAUGUACCGCCCAGGGAGGUGUUGGAGGACCCUGAAGUUAAUCAUGACAACUUGUGCUAUUGUGUGCCCGACAGAGACCAUUGUUUAGGGGCUGGUAUGCUAAGUUUACAGCCCUGUUUGGGUCUCCCUCUGGUGCUGUCAACGCCUCAUUUUUAUCAAGGAGAUGAGAAGGAGUUGGCCAAGCUGGUCGGACUCAACCCUACCAAAUCUGAACACGAGACUACCAUUGAUGUUGAACCGAGGACAGGGGUGGCCAUGUAUGCAGCGAAAAAAAUGCAAUUGAAUAUUCCUCUCAAGAGAUACGGGAACCUUCCUUCAUUUAAGAACGUGCCAGAGGUCAUCUUCCCUAUCCUCUGGGUCAACGAGAGUGCCAAUGUGGAUGCUGACAUGUCGCAGGAGGUGAGAAAUGCAGUGUUUGUCCCCUUUGUGGUGGUGGACGCCAUCUGUGGGUCACUCAUCGCUGUGGGCGCCCUCCUGCUGGUGCUUAGUGGAUUCAGAUUCCUCCACAUCAAGCCCAGAUACUCCUUCACAGCCUUACACAGCAACACAGCACCUGAAGCUUGUUCUGUCAAGGUGAAGCCGUUGGUGAUCACUAGGUCAGCUGAGCAGGACAAGCUGUAGCAGGAGGUUGAGCUAGGUCACCUUAGCAGCGGUGGCGAGGACAGGUGACCCGGCGCCCCACGGGAGGUCACAGCAGGUCAUAGGUCACAGGAGGUCACAGAGGAAGGUUAUACUGGUGACCUUGGUGGAAAAUAUUAAUAUAAGUUGUAUUUGUGAGAAUUGUGGGUAAAUUUUAAGGAAUUAUGAGAGAGAGAGAGAGAGAGAGAGAGAGAGAGAGAGAGAGAGAGAGAGAGAGAGAGAGAGAGAGAGAGAGAGAGAGAGAGAGAGAGAGCAAA